CGGAGCAGGCAGCGCCAGCGAGCCGAGAGGCAGCUUAAUCAUCAUCGCUCGUAAUCAUCAUCGCAGCCCGGCAGAGAGGCGGAUCUCUUGCCUGUACAGGUUGAGUAUUCCCUCUCCUCCGAAAUGCUGCCGUGGGGUUUUGGAAGGUUUGCCUAAGAAGGCUAGCAACCGGGUUGUUAUAUACUUUCCGGGCUGUAUGGCCGUAUUCCAGAAGCAUUCUCUCCUGACGUUUCGCCCACAUCUAUGAUCACCUGAAAUACUGUGUCCAGUUCUGGGUGCCACUAUUCAAGAAAAAUGCUGACAAGAUGGAACAUGAUUGAAGAUCUAGAAAUUGUACCCUAUGAGAAACAGCUUAGGCGGCUGGGUAUGUUUGGUCUGGGGAAGGAAAGGUUAAGAGAGACACGAUAGCCAUGUUUAAAUAUUUGAAAAUAUGUCAUAUUGAAGAUGGAGCACACUUGUUUUCUGCUGCUCCAGAGAGCAAGACAUGGAGCAAUCAAUUCAAACUACAGAAAGAGAUUCCUCCUAAAUAUUAGGGUGAAUUUUGAUGGAAGCAGCUGUUGGAAAAUGGAAUACAUUGCCUUGGAGUGUGGUGGCUUCUCCAUCUCUGGAGGUGUUAAAGGAUAUUGGGAGUUCUUUGAUUGCAUUGCAUGGAGUUAGACUGGAUAGCCUUUGUGGUCUCUUCCAACUAAAUAAUUCUAUGAACGAGUGCCUAUAUUAAAUGGCUCUUCAGUUAUUUUAAUUAAACCAUUCUCUCAUAGCGGGAAGCAAAAGCACUAUCUCUGUAGAAUGGUCAGGUAAAUCCUUUGACUAGAACUUCCUUCAUAUACAACAUUUCACAUUUACAAUGUUUCACAAGAGAUAAAUAAAUGAAAAUCUCAACCACGGUGCAUAGCUCUCUUAGUGUAAAUGAAGAUGGGAGAGGCAAGAAAAUGAGGAGGGCAAGAUAAGAAUGAGAUUUUGUGGAUGAAAACUAGGCUUCUUUUACCUAUCUAGGUUUGGUGAAGGGAUGAAAGCAACUGCAGUCUUUCUUUUUUAAGGGUUUCCUUUACUUGCUUCAAAGAGCGUGUGUGAAGGGGAGAAAGAAAUCCCAGAUUUUUGAUGGAAGUGUUUCCUCCACCUAAUCAAGUGGUAAUGGUGUGUCGAACAAGAGAGCAAAUAAGUAACAGUGCCAAAAGGGUUUCAAAGAGAUAGCCACUUGCAGCAUAAAAAGGAAGAAGGGAGGAAGAGAAAAUAAAGAAUAUGUCAGUACCUUUAAGAGAAUUGGUUUUUAUUUUAGCAUAAGCUUUCAUGGAUAUUAAUAAACCCAGUUUUUCGGGUCCAUACAGAGUGAUAAUAAGGUCUAGCGCAGGGGUCCUCAAACUUUUAAAGCAGAGGGCCAGUUCACAAUCCUUCAGACUGUGUAGGGGCCGAAUUAUCAUUUGGAGGGGAAAAAAAGAACAAAUUCCUAUGCACACUGCACAUGUCUUAUUUGUAGUGCAAAACAAAAACAACAAUGAAAACAAUUGUAACCAACAUAAACCUAUCAGGAUUUCAAUGGGAAGUGUGGGCCUGCUUCUGGCCAAUGACAUAGUCAAGUUAAUUAGGAUUGUUGUUGUUGUGUGCCUUCAAGUCAUUUCAGACUUUGGGCGAGCCUAAGUCUAAAAUUAUUUAUUUAUUUAUUCAUUUACUACAUUUAUUUAUUACAUUUAUAUCCCGCCCUUCUCACACCGAAGGGGACUCAGAGCAGCUGUAUGUACAUACAAUAUAUUAUACUAUUAGCAUAGCACAAUAUUAGCACUAUAUUGAACUAUACCAUUAUACUGUAAUAUUAUAUGUAAUAUACAUCAUAUAAUUAAUAUUAUUAUAUGGUAUUAUUAGUAGUAUUAUAUUGUAUAACAUUAUAAUAUUAUUAUCAAUAUUAUAUGUAUAUACAAUAUAUUAUAUUAUUAAAACUGAUAUAAAAAUAUUAUAUUAUAAAUGAGGACGGGGGCCAGGUAAAUAACCUUGGAGGGCCGCAUCCGGCCCCCGGGCCUUAGUUUGGGGACCCCUGGUCUAGCGUAUACUGUGGCAGGUUGGUGAUAAGGUAAGAAACCUGCUUAAGCCCCUGUGGGUGCAAUUAAACUGCAGAACUAAUGUAGUUUGACACCACUUUAUCUGCCAUGAAUCAAUGCUAUAAUCCUGGGAAUUGUAGUUUAAUGAGGUGGCAGUUGUUGCAGUCUGGCAAGCAUCAGGAUUUUUCUGAAUGUUCAGGGGAUGAGGGGGAUAAUGGGUUCCAAAAUGAGGAAUCUGUGAGUGUUCGGACCUUGCAGGCAGAUGAGGCUGAUGUUUUGGAUUCUUCAGCUCAUUCCCAGGCAGCAGGGGAAAAUGAAAGUACCAGUUCCCUUGAGAACAGACCUUGGGAAGACGAGGAGUUUUCAAGGGAGAAUAGAUUAGACCUGAGAAUGCAGGGCAUGAAAAGCCUGCAAACUAGAUAUUCUGAAAGGAUUCGAGAUAAGAACCUUGAGGUCCUGAUGUGUUGGGCAUAAUGUCAUAGGUGUCUUGGAGAGCUUAAAUUAAGUAGUUUGCUUUCAGGCCUUUCAGAGGAGACAACGUUGCUAAAGGAGAUCCUUCUCCUGUUAAUGAUUCCAAAUUCUUGGUUCAUGUAUUGUCAUGUAUAGGUUCCUGUUUCAUGUUCCUGUUUAUUCCUAUGUAUCUUUGGAGAAAUUAAAUUGGAGAAGUUCCUGUCUUCAUGUUCCUGCAUAUACUUUUGGUUUAAUGUUAUGCUGUUGCAUUCCUUGGUUUUGUGUUUUUUUUUUGGCUUUUUUAUUACUGUUACUGAACUCAGGCUUCUUUUGAGAAGUGCAUUUUAUAUCAUUUACUGAUUUUUUUUUGUAUUUUGUCUUUUUCCUUUUUAUAUCCUUUCUUUAAUAAACAUCCUUUUAUUGGAGUACUGGACUCUGGUGUGGUGUUGGGUGAAAGGGUGUUCCAGUGCUGGAGUGCAACAGCUGUAGCCUUUGACAGAGAAGGCACUGAAUCAUUGCAGUUAAAGUGGUGUCAAACUACAGGGUAGGUGUAUCCAAAGGGUAAAGGUAGGUAAAGGUUUUCCCUGACAUCAAGUCCAGUCAUGUCUGACUCUGGGAGCUUGGUGCUCAUCUCCAUUUUUAAGCUGAAGAGCCGGCAUUGUCCGUAGACGUCUCCAAGGUCAUGGCAAUUAAAUGAAAUCCAUCAACUAUUAUAAGGACUCAGUUUGAUGCAAUGGUAUGAGCAUUGGAAUAUAACCCUGGAGACCAAGAAUUCAAUCCAUUCUCAGCUAUUAAACACUGGGUGCUUUUGGCCAAGUCACACUCAUUCUCAGAAGAAGGCAAAUGCGAAUCUCUUUAGGACAAAUCUUGCCAAGGCAACCUUGUGACCAGUUGCCAUGAGUUAGAAACAACUUGAAGGCACACAAUAACAUUAUAUCUGGAGAAAGCCUUAGCAUACAUAACUCUUCAUUGACAAUGUACAUUUCACAGCUUUAAUGGAAAUGUGUGCUUGAGACCACUGCCGAUCUAUACAGUAUACACAUUGGAACUGAGUACAUCUGGAGGAAUCGUUCCUAACUAAACAUACAAGUGGCUCCACACUAAAAUUAAUGCUGUCUCGUACCACUUUAACUGCCAUGGUUCAAUGCUAUUUGCAAUUUGGUGAAGCACAAGCACUCUUUAGCAGAGAAUGGUAAAGUAAAACUACAGCUCCUAGAAUUCUAUAGCAUUGAGUCAUGGCAGUUGAAAUGUCAAAUUGCACUAAUUCUACAGUAUAAUAGAUGCACCCCCAGCAUACCUGCCUGGUUUUGCCUAAUACACAGAAAAUCGUAUUGCAGGGGGAAGAAGUGUAUCAAAGAUAAUCAAAAAGCCCUUCCAUUCUGCAUGCAUGGUUUUGUGUGCCCAGACAUCAUGUGCUAGUACACCACCGGAAGGAGAAAAGUAAGAUAAAUGUCUCCUCUUACAUCCAAACUCAUGCACAGAAGCAGCCAUUAUAAAUGCAACCUUAUACAUAUUUAUGCAAAGCUCAGCUCUGUCUAUUCAAAUAGGGUGGUCAAAAUAUCCAAAAUGGUUUGAAUUUCAGGUUCAUUUGGAAUUUGGAAUAUCUGUAUUUGCAACUGCGUAAAUAAUUACAUAUCAUGGAGGUAGGGCCCAAGUCUAAAAACAAAAUUAAUUUACAUUUCAAAUGCACCUUUUUACACAUAGAGCCUGGAGAUCUUCUCAGGAACUGCUAAUUUUAAAGAGCUUAAGGUAUGGCAACCAUUGCUCCCAAGUUUCUUAUGAUGGCAUGAUCAACAUAACUACCAUAUUUACUCAGAUCUAAUGCUCACCUUUUUUUUGGACAAAUGACCUUGCCUAAAUUGUGGUGUGCAUUAGAUUUGCGUCAUACAGCAAUCUUAGUGCUGAGCCAAAGCAAAAGGGAAAGCUGCUGCAGGAACUGCACCUGGAGCUCCUCUUUGAGGGAUCUCAUCUCUAAUUUAGUUGCCAUGGCUCAAUGCUAUGCAAUCGUGUGAUUUGUAGUUUGGUGAGGCAUUAACCUUUAGCAGAGAAGGUUCAAGACCUUGUCAAGCUACAGCCCUCAGGAUUCCAUAGCACUGAACCAAGGCAGUUAAAGUGGAUUCACUCUGCAGCGUAGAUGCAUCUUGACAUUUCCCUUUCAAUUGCCGAAAGCUUUGGUGCUCUAACGUGUUUGUGAUUUAAAGAAAGAAUUCUAAGCGGGCAUCAACUGUAAUGCACACUGUUUUGGCCAAAUAAUAAAGAGUGCAUUUUUUGCCAUUGUGCAUUACAUUCACCAGCAAAUACUUUUUUGGGUUUCAUGGUUUUGAAAAUUGAGGUAUGCAUUAGAUUCGUUGGCUCACUAGACUCCAGUAAAUAUGGGUGUGUCUGUGAGCAUGUACAGAGAAUUUAAUUUGCCAGAGGGUAUUUCCACAAAGCUGACACCUUCUCAUGGCUGAAAUAUAGGCGUUGGUGGAAGUUUUGGGGUAGUUAAUGUGAGCUCUACCUUUUCUGACAUUAGAAGAUGAAAAAGAAAUUAUCAAGGGAGAAGAAAGAGUUAAAUUCCACUUUUCUCUGCCAUUAUGACAAUUGUAUUACGAUAUAUAUUAGAGUGGCUGCUACAGUUCCACAUGCUUUUAAUGUGUUUUAAUCUUGAUAAAGUAGAUGUCUGUCUUGAUAAAGUAGACUCUCAGAUCCCUUCUACAUUGCUAUAUUUUAAUGUAUUUUAAUUGUCUUACGGGGUAUAUUUUAAUGUUAAUUCAUGUUAUUAGUGUUACCAUGUCUAUUGGAUUAUUUUAUACAGUUUUGAUUCUUUUGCUAUAAGUUUACUUGAGAAACUUUAAGUCGCUUUCUAGUGUGAGAGGAUUGGCCAUCUGCAAGGAUGUUGCCCAGGGGACGCCUUAAUGUUUGAUGUGUUACCAUCCUGUGAGAGGCUUCUCUCAUGUCCCCGCAUGGGAAGCUAGAGCUGACAGAUGGGAGCUCACUCCGCUCACCCUGGAUUCGAACCACCAAUCUUUCGGUCAGCAGUCUGCCGGCACAAGGGUUUAACCCAUUACUGUUAUUAUUGUGUAUUACUUUGAUUUUUGAUGUGCUUGCAUUAUUUUGAGCAUUGAAUGUUUACCUUUUUUCUGUGUGUAAACUGCCCUAAGUCCUUUCUGGGAGAGAGGGUGGUAUAGAAAUAAAGUAUUAUUAUUAUUAUUAUUAUUAUUAUUAUUAUUAUUAUUAUUAUUAUAUAAUUCAGAUUAUCUAUGCAGAUAAUCUGGAUUUUAUAGAGCAGUGUCAAAGGGGCCUCGGUUAACCGGCAGCCAUGGUGAUUGCUCGAAUAUGGAUAAAUGUAAUUUCUGGUUGCUUGAGAGUUAUUAUUAAAAAUAGGCCUAACUAAUACUAAACCCCAUACUAUAGCAUACCAUAAACUCUGUAUUGCCUUAAUAUUAAUAUUGGAAUACAGUAAUUAACAGCAAAUAACAACACAUUCAUGUAACACAGUUUUUCUGUAUUAUAAAAGCCUUGUGAAUGCAGUAUGCUUCAAGUCUUUGGAUGUUUUAAAAAUUGCCAGUUGCUUGAGUUCUGGUUAACUGAAUACACUGAUGGAGUGUUUUGUUAUUAGUUCUUAAGCCUGUGGUUAAUAGAUUGAUUUGUAUGUUUAGUGUAAAAGUAAAGGUAAAGGUUUUCCCCUGACGUUAAGUCCAGUCGUGACCGACUCUGUGGAUUGGUGCUCAUCUCCAUUUCUAAGCCGAAGAGCCGGCGUUGUCCGUAGACACCUCCAAGGUCAUGUGGCCGGCAUGACUGCAUGGAGCGCCGUUACCUUCCCGCCGGAGCGGUACCGAUUGAUCUACUCACAUUUGCAUGUUUUCGAACUGCUAGGUUGGCAGGAGCUGGGGCUAACAGCGGGCGCUCAUUCCGCUCCCGGGAUUUGAACCUGGCACCUUUUGGUCCGCAAGUUCAGCAGCUCCGCAAGUUCGCUUUAACACACUGUGCCACCAGGGGCCCCUCUGUUUAGUGUACUAAUGCUCAUUAUUGUAUUAUGUUUUGUUGUUAUAUGGUUUUAAGUUGUAUAGUUUCCUUGCUAUGUUAGAAACCGCCCUGAGUCCCUUGAGGAGAUAGGGCAGUAUAUAAAUAAAUAAAGUUUUAAAAAUUAUUAUUAUUAAAUGAGAGUCCAAUGUAUAUUUGUUUUAAAGGCCUUGUGUUUUGAUCUAACCAUGUUGAAUCCUUCCUCAAAACAUGAGGAGAGGCAGCCAGCUAACAUUAUAUGUCUCCUUCUCUAGCCUUACUAGAAAGAAAACUGCCUGACGAAUGGCUUCUCAACUUGUGACCAUACAGCGGGAGUUGUAGUUUAUUUGCUUUGAAGGAUCCCUGUGAAAAAGUAGUUCUGGCCUUCGUUUGGAACGAUCUCCAAGAUCCUUUCUCUCUGCAGCAUCGCCGGUUGCCACGGAGACGGUUGUGUGCUCCAAGUACCAAAGCCACUGGCCUCCUGCUUUGUUAGCUUAGGCUAGAGAUGGUGACCGGCUUGGGAAGUAGUUCUGUUUUCAUUUUAUUUACUUAUGCAUAGAGAGUGAGGUAUUGGAGGCAGAGCUAUAUAGGGAUUGAUGAGAACCAAGAGAGAAGUCUGCCUUGCAAAAAGGAGAAUCGUUUAUUGAGGCUUAAGAUAAAGUGGUUGUCCAAGAAAGUUUUGGAAAUGGAAAUAGGCCCCACAGAUGUGAUGGAGCGCAAAGGAGCGCUGACUUUGCGCUCCAAACAGGCCUUCUAUGGGAGACCAACUCUUGUGUAUGGCUGGUAUUCAAAUCGGGAGACUGAACCUAAGGAUUAUGAUAUACAUGAAAUUUCUUUGGGCUCUAAAAAUUUAUGUCGCUCUACUUACUGGCGUCUUGGAACCAUGGAUCAGAAAUGGAUCACCACAAAUCAAGAUUUUUUGUCUCAACCCUAUAGAAUUAAAGAGUAUAAAGAACUAGAAAUACCCACGCUCAUGUUGGAUAAAGAUAAUUUUGAAAUUGGUGUUCUUAAAAGGGAGACAGGACGGCCUGAGAGAGGGCUUGGAGCUGUAUUGCCAUAUCAUUCUCCAAAUCGUUUUAAAAUGCUUCUGGAUACGACAUAUCAUAUAGACUAUGUUCCACCUUAUGAUUAUCAACCAUAUGUUACACUUGAUCCAGCUGGCUACUCUGUAGUUCAUAGAAAGUGUCACUCUCAGUUUUGUGACACAGCAGACUACAGAAGGCAUGGUAUUAAUACAUGGCAAGACGAGAGUGGUGUGUAUGCAAAUGCGGAUCUAAGGCAAAAAGUAUUUCCUGUUGUUAACCCUAUACCGACAAAUGUGGAGGAGGAAAAACCUUAAACAUUGCUAACACUAAAAAGAUUUUCCAAGGCAAAGUUAAAAAUAAAAGGAAGGUCUGUA